AUGGACGCACAAAUUCGUCGUUUGGUCGUGACUGGCACUGAAUUAAAUGACAUUCAACUACUAUCUGAUGCAUUUCAAAAACUUCAACAAAAUUUUCAAGUCAACCUUGUUCAAAGUAAAGAUACUAUCGGACAAGAUAUAUAUGUAUUACUUGCAGAAAGUGCUCUUGAUUUAAAUGCGGACUCGAUAGCUGAUGAAUGUCUUCAAAUGUUUUUUUCGUUAAGUCCAGUUAAAAGUCAAUUUGUUGGACGCGCUUAUUUAUGUCAAUUUCGUAUGUACAUGCCAAAAGCAGCGCAAGAUUUCGGUUCUUUGAACAAUGCUAUACCAUUCUUACAAAAAUGUCUUUCCUUUGCUUCAGUAUCGCCAAGAUAUCAAUUUCUUGUUUACAAUGCAUCAGUUAUCUAUUUUAAUUAUAUUCGACCAUUUUUUCGUACUGACUAUCGAAAAUAUCUGUGUGACAGUUUUCAACAAGUUAUCGAUACAAUGAUAAAUAUUACUGAUGAAAAAGACUAUCCUUGGCAAGCUCAACUUCUUUUUGAACUAGUUCGAUGUUACAUGGAUGCGAAUAACAUCACAAAAGCUCGAGAAACGAGUGUACAACUUUUACAGCUAUGUCGCAAAAAGCAACUUCCUCUUCUUUCAAAUGUUCUUCAAUUUUUAACUGUAAACAAUGUCUUGGAACCAGACAAUCUUUUACCGUAUGCACCAACUGAUGAACCAUCAUCUCUGUUCAAUCGAUUACUAAUAGAACUUGCAUCCAUUCAUAAAGAAAUUAUUGAAAAUAGUACAACACAUGAAACAAAUGAAAGUUUAAAAAAUGCAUUUGAUCGCAUUAUUGCCUUACCCUUGCGUAGUGCUAUGCCUGCUCAUAAAUCAGCUAAAGAUUUAACUUCAAAAGAUAAUCAUACUACUCGACCAGAUAGAACACUCACAUCAUAUGAAAAACAUCGUUUAUUAAUUGAAUCCGGUCGUCUUUCACUCUUACUUCGUUAUACUGAUUUGACUAAAGUUAUUCUUGAUGCUCUUGCAAAUAUUCGAUUAAAAGAACCAGAAUAUCUUCUUGAAGUAAGAUUAAUACAAGCUGAAUACAUGAUUAAAAAUUUAGGAGAAAAUGAACAAUUAUAUAGCAAAAGUUCUGUAGAUACACGUAUUCGAGCGAUUGAAUUAACAGAAGAAACACUCGAAUCAUUAAUUCGUACAGGUGAAUUUGAUUUAGUUCAAACAGGUUGUGUUAAUCUAUGGAAUUUAUGUUUACCAUUAUUACAAACGAAUCUUCGAGGAAGAAUACGAAAAGCAUUAACAACACUUGUUAAUAUUCUUGAACGUAUACAAAGUCUUGAUUGGUUAUUACGAAGUCAAGCUCAUUUUGAAUUAGCAAAAAUUGAAGAAGAUAUUGAACAACUUGACUCAGCUAAAAAUAAUUUACUGAAAGCGAAACAUUUGGAUGAUACAUCUAUUUAUGCAUCUCGUAUUAACCUAGCAUUAGAAAGACUUCAUUUACGUUGUGAAUUAUAUAAGACUCCUGAAAAUAUUGAUGAUCGUGUUGCAACAAUCAUUGAACAAGCUGGAAAAGCGACAAAUGGAAAUAGAAAUAGACAACGUGCUCUACUUACUGAAGCUUGCUUAUUGUUAGCACAAGAUGCAUUUCAAGUUGUAUUAGAUUCAGAGAAUCCGAAUGCUAUUGGGAAAAUGCGUGCAAAUCCAACAGCACAAUUGAAAGGUUUUGCUGAUCAUUAUGAAAAAUGUAUUCAAAGUACGACACAAUAUGAACGUCUCAUGUCGGAAACGAAUCAGGAUAAAAGAUUAAAAUUAUGGGCUGAUUUAACAAUGAUUGCGCGUAGACAAGAAAUAUGGGAUAUAUGUCGUUCAGCAGCUCGUUUUUGUUUAUUAUACGAUAAUGAAGAACGUCGUUCGUUAUUCAAUGAAAAUAGUGAAUCAACAAAGCCGAAUGUAUUUCAACGUGAUCUUGUUCGACUAAUAGCUGAAAUACAUUUCAUUGCUGGCGAAGCUGAUAUCGAAUUCAUUCGUGAACGUCGUAUAGAAUUAUUUGAUUCACCAGUUCGACCACCAAUGCCAACAGUACCAGCUGCACAACGAGUACAAGUACAACAAGAAUCAGAUAAUGAUUGGAAAUAUUACUGUCAAUGGCUUCAACAAUUGUCUAGUCGUGCUUGUGCACAUUUUGCAACAGGAUCGGUUCUAGGUCAAUUACUCAAUGAAUCAUGGCUGAUUUGUCGGGCUGGAGAAUAUAUAUGGAAUUAUACACGUCAUUUAUUUUAUAGCAGCCGUUUACGACUUAUUCUUGAACCUCUAUCUACAAUUGUUAAUGGAUUAAGAAAGAUUGGUCAUGAACGUGAAAUUCUUCUAUUGAUCAAUUUAAGUGUAGCUCUUGGAAAUGCCUAUAUUACGCUAUUACCAUUAUCGCCUGAUGAAGCUCAACUGAUUGCACAGGCAACUCCGAUACCUCAACCAGCUGCACCGCCGACAAAAAAAGGAGCCAAGUCUGAUCCAGCUGCUGCUGCAGCAAACGCGGCAGCUGCUGGAUCAUCAUCGAAUACUGUCAAAUUGGAAGAAUUUAAAGCUGCUCUUGAUAUAUGCGAAUAUGCCAUCAAUCAAACGCACGAAGAAGUUGCUAAGCCACUUUCAGUUUCAAUCCGAGAUCGCCAAACACUUCUACAAUUGUGGGUUACCAUUAAACAGCAACUGCAACAAUCAGUUAAAUCAUCUCUCUCGAGUAUCCUAGGUGAUGAAGAUGAAAAUGCAACUAGUCUAAAUACACUAUCACGCGCUGUCAUUGCAGUUGAUACACUAUCACGUCUGGAUAAUGGUUGGCAUGAUGGUAAAGAUGGAAUGAACCUUAAACAGGCGGUUACUUUUGUCGGCCAAUGUACAUGGCCUGAUCCACUUGUUGAAUUACAAUUAUGGUGUCGAUUGGGUAUAGUAGCUAAUCGAGCUAAUGAGAUUGAAACAACAGCUUAUUGUCGAGAUAAAACUCUUGAGUUAAUUACACUUUUUCAAACACGAAAAGUAGAAAAAUUUCAAUUAUCAUUAGCUAACGAAUAUGUUAGUCGUGCAUGUGGUGCUCAUGCUGAAUGUUUACUAAAACAACAGAGUGGACAAAAACAAGAACGAAAAGAAGUACUUGCGAUUCUCGUUGAAGCAGCUAGUUAUGCAUCUAAAGCUGAUCUAUAUGAAUUGACAAUGCAUUUAGCACGUUACUUUUGGAAUACAUGUCGAUUAUCAAUAAAACGUAAAUUGGAACGAUCACUUUUAUUAGAUCCAUUGAAUGAAUUUAUUCAUCAUAUAAAUAUUGUUGCACCAAAAUCUAUUGUAUCAAGUCAAAAUGAAAAAGAAACAAGAGAACAAAAAUCUACAGCUACGGAAAAUUUCAAACCAAAAAAACAGCCAUUAGUAAAUAAAAAAGAGAAAAAACCCAUUCCGAAUGAUGAUAAUGAUCAACAGCAAAUAAUUUCAACAGCAUCGAAUCCACAAGAAGAUGCACAAAUUCGUUCGGCGCUUUAUGGCGUUUUAGUACAAAUUUAUAUGGAUAAACAUUCAUGGCAUUCAGCAUUAGAUGCUAUUGAUAACGCAUUACAAGUUCUACCACGAACACAACAUCGAUUGCUUUUAUAUAAAUAUCGUGUUUUAAUAAAAUCCAAAUUAGGUUUAUCAAUUAGUACGGACAUGCAAAAAUUCCGUGAACAAGGUGAAAUAGCCCUAGCUAAAAUGUGGAGACAAGUAGCACUUAUGGCUAAGAAAAAAGAGCAUACUAUUAAUGCCUAUCAACAUGCUAUUGCAACAUUACAAAGUUUCGAUAAUUAUUGGACGAAAAUCGAUUAUAUAUUAGAACUAGCAAGUUGGUUAUAUAGUAAUGAAUAUCUUGUUGAUAAUGUUAUUGAUUUAAUUGAAUGGUCUAUUGAUUUAUUGUUAACUUCACCUGAAACUUAUAAACAACACGAAGUGAAUGCUGCCAAUGAACAAGAUGCCGAUAUUGACCGUAACCGUUCAGCGGUACUUAAGAGUGGCCAAGGAAAUAAUGAAACAACACAAAAAGGAGAAAUAGGCAGUAGUCUGGAUGAAGCUCAUUUAGGAAAACUAAAACCUAAGCUUCCUAAUCAUUUACAACCCGAUCUAUCAAUUGGUGAAGUAGUUCAAGUUCGUCGUCUUGAAUAUUUAUGUCGAUGUCAUAUAUUACUUGCUAAUAUGACUCGUCGAAAUCAACCUGAAUAUGUACAAUUACUACAAAAAGCUUAUUGGUUUCUUAUGCGAUUAUGGCAGCGUGGCCUAUCAGACAGUAUCGAAAUUGUUAAAGAUGCUGAAACUGAAGCAGCAAUAAUUACUGACGUAUUGACAGCUUUAAACGAUUCAGGCAAAAAGACUCAACCAAAAGGAGCACCCGGUUCAGCUGCGAAAAAAAAACCACCACAACCACCAGCAGCUGCAAAGGGCACAGAUAAACAAGCGACAAAUGCAAAGCCUGCUGCAUUGGAUACAUCAACACCUAAAAAUCUAACUGAAUGGGCAAUGUUUGUACCUCCUGAUGAUGUAUUACACACGUUUAAAUUAGCACAAGCAAAAGAACGAGGUUUCAAUAAAAAUACAAUCUCAAAACCGUUGUUAUCAUUCUAUUAUUUGGAUAUGUUUGUUCGCCUUUUACGUGAAUAUGGUUAUAAUCAUAUGAGUUUACCUGUACUCAGUUUUAUGCGACUUGUUGGUCAAAUAGUUUUGCAGAGCUCAUCGAUUCGUACAUAUGUUUUACUUCGUAUUCAACAAGUAUGUCAAGAAUUAAAUCUGCUUGAAUCAAUGCAAUCAAUCUGCCAAUUAGCACGUCCAUUUACUAUCCGAGAUGAUGAUCUAGCUACAUCACGAGCUGAAAUGAUUGUCUACACAAAAUUACUUGCACAACAACGUGAAGAAGAAGCUGCAAGUGAUCAGAAAUCGUUGAUAGCUGAUUUACCAGGAGAUCGACAAGUAUUCAAUAGAAUAAUUACAAGAAAUAUUUGGUUACAAACAGCUCGUCUACUCUUUGAAUUAAACUUUAUACAAGAAUCAAAAGAAAUCCUACAAGAAACACUUAAACAAGCCAAAACGUAUGACGAUCAUGCAUGUGAAAAACGUUCUUACAUUCUUUUGGGCGAAAUAGCAUUAAGUGAACAUCGUUUUGAUCAAGCUAUAGAUUUAGCUAUGCGUGGACAACAAAUACCAAUUGAUGAAUAUGAAUGGUAUCGAUCUGUAAAUACUGUCAUCGAAGCUUUGAGACAAGAUAGAAAUUCAGAUCUAUAUAAACAGAAAAAAGUUCGGUCUUUACUUGAAACAUCCAUUAAACGAUUGGAAUCCAUCGCACAAUUACAUGUCAAUAAAAUUAUAACAAUCGCUUAUACUGCUUCACUUCUUAGUACAAAACGAAUCGAAGUUGAGCUGAAUGACAUCUUAAAUCAAUCAUCAGUUAAUACCAUCGAAAAUAAAUCUGUGUUCUAUCAUCUAUCUGAAAUUUUACAACAAUAUGAUAUCUCAUUUUCUAAUAUGCUUCAUCUCGAUCGAUACAAUGAUGCUUGCGAAAUAAUGUUGACACGAUCCGUACAAAUAUGGAAACGCUUUGCUCGUGAUACAAAAAAUGUAAAUGAUCAAAAACAAUAUUUACGCCGAGCACUCAGCAUUCUUGAAGAAUUAACAGAAAUACUUGCUGAACGAUGGAAUUUAAUACGAAUAGUUACACCACAAAAUGAUUUAUCACUAAUUCAAUUACCUGUUCAACGCCAAUUUUGUCGUGUACAACUUGAAAUUAUUGAUAUAUUACUUGAUUUAUUGAAAAUACUUGCAAAUGAAAUGUUCAAUGAACGUUUGCGACGAAAAAAUACUCAUGCUACAUAUUUAGCUGUACAAGAUUUUGUUAGUGAAGAUAAGAAGCAAGAAGAAAAUAAUGAUCAAAAUACUGACAGCGUCAACUGGGAUGAAAUGACAAAAGUUCUACCAGACAAAUUAAUUACUACAGUAAUGGCUGUUCUUGAAAUAGUUGGUACUAAUGAUAAAGCAACAAAAGCAAAGGUCUUAUUCUAUUUGGCUCAAGUUUACUCUAUUCUUGGCCAAAACUUCGGUACAGAUUAUCCAUUGGAAUGGAAUGUAACAGUCAAAGAUAUUUUCGCUAAGUUAAGUGAUAUUCCUGUAGAAAAAACUGCAUCAAAACGACUUGGCUCGCAAGCUAGUGGUCAAAAUACUUCAGGAGGAAUGUCUUGUGAUAAUGAUACAGUAGCUGAUGAAUUAUUAGUUGAAUUCGCUCGACAAAAGAAUGAAUUAAGUCAAUCAAUGUUAUACUUAGGCCAAUCCAUGGAAUUGGCCUUACAAUCAUUGAAUAUUGCAUUAAAUAUUCAAGAUAAAAUACUUAUUCGUGAUUGUAGUUUAUUAAUUUGUGAUACGAUCGGUUUAUUUGAUCCAAUAUCUAGUAUUGCCUAUUUAAUGUUAAGUCAAAAUGCCAGUGCUUCGAUUUAUGCAGAAACUAUUUUGAAACGUGCGUGUCAUAUUCCAAGCGAUUCAGAACUUGCUUCACUAUUUACAUUAAUCAAUCGAAUCAAACAGAAUAACACUAUUACAAAUGCAAAUAAUGGCGUUAUAUAUAGAACCAUGAUGGAACGAUUAAAAGCCUAUUGGUCAUGGAAAUACCUGAGCAUUCGACCACAAUAUUAUGAUUUAAUAAAAGAUAUGCCACCUUCAUUUAACUUUCUUAUUCUGCAUUAUUCAUCUGAUAGUGAGGUACUUUAUGCAGCAUUGUUCAAUAGUAAAAUUUCUAAUGUGAAAACAUCAAUAUCGACGGGCGCUAGUAAACAAUCAAAUACAAAACUAAUAAGUUCAAUAUCUGGGCCAAUAAGUCCUCAAAUAAUGAAAGUUAAUGUUGAUAAAAAUAAAUUAAAUAAUCUAAUCACAAAAUACAAUCAAUGGAAAGCAGAUUAUGCUCAAGCUUUACUACGAUAUGAUGUUAAAAUUCAACAUAGUCGAAAUAAACAAGCUAUGCUCAAUUCUGAACACGCCGAUCCAGUUGAUAUUAGUUUAAUUAAUGAAUUUAGGCAACGAUUUGUGGAUGAAUUUGUUGUCGAAUUAGACGAAUAUUUUUCACCCAUUAAAUCAUUACUUUCGAAUUAUCUUGAAUCUGAAAAGCAAUAUGAAAUUCGAUCAACACUUAGCACAGAUCAUCUUAUUCUUGUUGUUGAUCCACGUCUUGCAAGUUUACCGCUUGAAUCACUCGAAAUGUUUAAACAUGUUCAAAUUGGUGGCAUUUCACGUGAUUUCUCUAUCCAAUCUGUAUAUUAUCGUCUCAAUGCAACCAUUGGUGUUGAUGAUGGUGCAAUGCCACCCGAUGAUAGUAAAAGCAAGAAAGCUGCCACUAAAGAAGGUGGAGACGUUUUGAGUGAUUUACAAGUCGUUGAUCAAUUGAAUACGUAUUAUUUGAUGGAACCAGUUUUAGUCAAAUCAUCGGCUGAUAGCAAAGUAUCAACACCAUUCGAUUUGAUCCGACAACGAUUUCCUCAACUUAUUGCUAAAUGGAAAACAACUAAACCUGAAGGAUCAACAAUUAAGACACAAAAGAGUGUAUCUCUUUCUACUCAACCACUUUCCACGGUCGAACUUGAACGUAUUAUUAGUGAAGCUCAAGGUAUUAUUUAUUAUGGUGUUCAUACAUUAAGUGAAUUAGUCGGAUCAUAUAAAUGUCCAACAUUAUCUAAAAAUGGUUGCACAAUAUUAUGUUCAUUGGAUCGAACAUCAACAAGUAAUCUUAAUACGCCGACGUCAUCAUUGAAUGAUAGUCAUUCCAUCGAUCUUGAUCAGGCAACUGAAACAGCACUUCUAUGGAGUGCAGGCGGUGUGAAAUCAAUAUUGCUUAAUCAAUGGAAAUCAACAAUGAAUGAAAAUGAAAACUUACUAAUCAAUCUAUUUACUGAUAUUGCAACAUUACAUUGUUCGUUAAGUCAAGCGUUACGUAUGCAUGUCUAUCCUUAUUUUCGUCCAGUGGAAAUCGAUCCAACAACGGUAGCAACAACAAAAGAUGCAAAAUCUAAAGGAAAUGUAGCUGCUAAUAAAAAAGCUCGUUCACCAUCGCCAAAGAGCAGAGAACAACAACUGUCAUCAGCUAGACUGAAUUCUAAAACCAAAAAGAAAUCCUCUUCAGUUCUUCCAACUGAGAUUGCUUCCGAUCCAUCACAAUUAUCUGAGCCCGUCGAAGAAAGACAACUACCAGCCUUGCAACUUCAACAGUUGAAUACUGUUAUUUUUGGAUUGCCAAAUCUCACAUUUACACCUUGA